AUGCCCACCAGCAGCAGCAGCAACACCAACGACAGCGACAACGGCCCGAGCCCAACAACGCCUACUACACCGUCUCUCGCUCACACCAUCCAUCCCCGUAUCUAUACCCCCAACCAGACACCUAUACAAACAUAUCCCCAUCCUCAACCGCCUUAUUCGCCCCUCUUCCUUCUCCCGUUCACAAUGUACAUCAUCCAAUGGCCCCACCGUCGACGACGGCCAACUUCUCAACAAAUGCCGUCUCGUCAGCAGCGUCUGCAAAUCCGUAUCAUUCACGUCGUCCCGCAGCAGCACCACAAGCCCCGGUUCCCAUAUUACAGCCUCAGCCCAUACGUCCCAUCCCGCCCAUCCCCCUCUCAGAUCUAG